UCAAACACACUCCACAAAAUAAAAAAAAAAUAACCAAAAAAAAAAAGAUGCCGUCGACUCUGCUCUCUCCGCUUCCUCUGCUCCACUCCUUCUCUUCGAUCGCCGGAGCCAAAUCCUCUGCCUCUGCUUCUCUCUCCUCCAGACUGAUUCCGCCGCCGCGAAUGUCUCGGAUCUCCGUCGUCAACGCCACGCCGGAGAAACCAAGCGGCGGCGGUGGAGGAGAUGGCGAUGAGGCUUCGGGUUUCAAUCCAUUUGGCUUUGUCACCGACAAUCCGUCGAGCCGGAGCGCCAUUCAGCUUCCGGAUUCUCCGGCGGAGGACGGAAACGUCGGUCAGAUGCUCUACAGGAUUGAAGAUAAGGGAAAGGAAUAUGGUUCAACCAGAAAAUCUGGGAAGCUUAGAUGGUUUGUGCGAGAAACUGGAUCACCUGAUAGUCGCCGAGGAACUGUUGUUUUCAUCCAUGGAGCUCCGACUCAGUCUUUCAGUUAUCGGAAUGUCAUGUCUCAGAUGUCAGAUGCUGGAUUUCAUUGCUUUGCCCCUGACUGGAUAGGAUUCGGAUUCAGUGACCAGCCGCAGCCUGGAUAUGGCUUUAACUACACAGAAAAAGAAUACCAUGAGGAGUUUGAUCGAUUACUGGACGUGUUGGGGGUCAAAUCUCCUUUCUUUCUUGUAGUUCAGGGAUUUAUUGUAGGUUCAUAUGGUCUAACAUGGGCAUUGAAAAAUCCAAGCAAGAUACAGAAACUUGCUAUACUUAACAGUCCAAUUACUGCUUCAUCCCCGGUUCCAGGAUUAUUUCAACAGCUGAGAAUUCCUCUUUUUGGCGAAUUCACAUGCCAAAAUGCCAUCCUGGCAGAGCGGUUCAUCGAAGGAGGUAGCCCCUACGUCCUGAAGAAUGAGAAAGCUGAUGUAUACCGUUUACCAUAUUUAUCAAGCGGAGCCCCUGGAUUUGCAUUGCUCGAGGCUGCAAAAAAGAUAAACUUCAGAGACACCUUGAGCCAAAUUGCUGACGGAUUUGCAUCAGGAAGCUGGGAUAAACCAGUGCUUUUGGCUUGGGGAAUAGCGGACAAAUACCUCCCUCAAUCUAUAGCAGAAGAGUUUCAGAAACGAAACUCUGAUGCUGUCAAGGUUAAACUCUUAGAAGGCGCUGGGCAUAUGCCUCAGGAAGACUGGCCAGAGAAAGUAGUUGAUGCCCUUCGAAGGUUCUUCUAACUUCCACAUUCAUCAAAUGAGCACAUUGUUCGUUGGACAUACUGGAAGAGGUCUGAAGAGGGUGGAUUCUUGCCUGCCAGAAACAACAGCAAAGUCAAUCAUGCGGCAUACGGUACAAUUUCUCGAGAAAGUUGGAUUUUUCAACUGUAAAAAGUAACGAUCUGGAACAGAAGUAGAUAUUAUGAACCACCCUCUGGUUCGUACAGAUGAUUCGGAUGAGAAAUGAGAAUAUCUUAGGGUUUUUUUUUUCA